UCGACUCGUUGAUGUCCUCUUUGUCGCAAGCUUUUUCUCCAAAUACACAUAACAGUUAGAAAAGCUGAAGUUUUCGCAGUUGGCUAAAAAACGUCAGAUUCAACACACAACAGAGCCAGAAAAUUCCUAUAUUGAGUGCUGUGUGCGGUGGUGCAAAAAGGCUGUCGUGGCAAGUGUAACUCCCACAUACUCACAUACAUAGAAACAUAUACAAAUAUAUAUAUAUAUAUAUAUUGGCGAUUCCUCUGCAACCGCUAAAACCGGAAUUCAAGAGGAGUGAAAAUUCAUUGACGAUUGAGGGAGAAGGAAAAAGCUCAGGCAGACGCAAUAGCGCACGGCAGAACAGAUCGAAAUAGAGAGAAAGACGAGGACCCACUGAGAGAUUGUGAGACAGAAAGAGAGACAGAGAGAUAGAGAGAGAGCGUAACAAAAACAACGAAUUUAAGUUCUGCUGCACCCAAUCCACCACUACCAACAGCUAGAAACACACCGUUACUACUACCCCCUUGCGCCAUCGACAAGUAGCAGCAGUAUAGCACGCGCUCAAGCGAAAGACGUUUUGCUGGCCACCAAGUGCAUACCAAUCUAGAUCUACGGAAACUACGGGCCACAUUCACCGUAAUCACAAUCACUCAGCAGGAACACAGCGAGACGACCGGGUCGAAAUUUGUUAACACACAACAGCAGCCACAAAGGCGUCACUACCAACAACAACAACCACAACCAGAAAGAAAUGGCGGAUGCUGCACCAGCUGGUGAUGUACCACCAAACGCUGGCCCACCAGCCGGCGAGGGUGGUGAUGGUGAAAUUGUUGGCGGACCACAUAAUCCGCAGCAAAUUGCAGCACAGAAGCGUCUGCAACAGACGCAGGCACAAGUGGAUGAGGUCGUCGACAUUAUGCGCACCAAUGUGGAGAAGGUCUUAGAGCGCGAUAGCAAGCUCUCCGAAUUGGAUGAUCGUGCCGAUGCUUUGCAACAGGGUGCCUCUCAGUUUGAACAGCAGGCGGGCAAGCUAAAACGAAAAUUCUGGUUGCAGAAUUUGAAGAUGAUGAUCAUAAUGGGUGUAAUUGGUCUCGUUAUCGUGGGCAUUAUUGCAAAUAAACUAGGACUCAUAGGCGGUGAACAGCAGCAGCCACAGUAUCCGAAUUAUCCGCCAUAUAUGCCACCACAACAGCCGCCGCCACAGCAGCAGCCCGUUUCAGCCGGAGGACAAUCGUCGCUGGUCGCAGAUGAUGGAGCAGGAGCAGGCGCAGGAUCAGCAAAGCAUGGCGGGGCAUAAGAAACUAUUGGAUAUUGGUAAUUAUCUCUAAAGCCAAUCGAUGUAGAUGACAACAAAGAACAACAAAACAACUCAGUUAAAAUAGGAAAAUCCUAGAGAAAUGCAGAGAAACAAAACAGAAAAAAAACCCCAAAAUAUUAAUCUAUGAGCAGCAGCAGUAAAUGGUGGGCAAAAGGUUUUUAAGUAAACAACAACAAAAUUAUGUCAUUAAAAUGAAUACUAUUUAUAAUAUACGAAAAUGAAACUCUUCAAGACGCUCCGGGCAAAUAAA